AUGGGCGGCGGCGGCUGCGCCGGCGGCGACUGUGUGCAGCGCUGCCCCUGCCCCACCGCCUCUGACGUUACCACCCUCGUUCUCGUGGGAAAAGUUGGGUCCGGGAAGAGCGCCACCGCUAACAGCAUCCUGGGAUUCAACGCGUUCGCAUCCGAGUACUCCUACACCAGCGUCACUGCAACAUGCCAGAUGGGGAGCACGAUGCUUAGCCUUGGCAACGCGGCGCCGCGCACUGUGCAAGUUAUCGACACACCUGGGCUGUGUAAUAUGAAUCUUACAACGCAAGAUACCCGUAAAGAGAUUGCCAAGUGCGUGGAUAUGUCCAGGGAUGGCAUACACGCCAUGCUCAUGGUGUUCUCCGCGGCGUCUAGGUUUACACAUGAAGAUGCGGGCACAAUCCAGUCAAUCAAAAUGUUUUUCGGUGAAAAGAUUGUUGACCACAUGAUACUAGUUUUCACACAUGGGGAUCAAGUUGGAGAGAGGAACUGGCGGAGUAGGAUGUUAACUGACAUGAAUGCAAAACAUCUGCAGGAGAUCAUACGGGUAUGUGGAGGUAGAGUCCUUCUCUUUGACAACAAGUCCAGUGAUGAGAUGCAGCAACACACACAACUAUCAGAACUGUUUGAUGCAGUGGACUCUUUAACAGCUCGCAAUGGAGGGAAACCAUUCUCAAACCAGAUGUUUGCUCAGAUUCAGGAAAUGAAUGUCAGAAAAGAAGAGCUCUGUGCUGAGGAACAUUCAGCUGAGGACAAAUUGAAAUCACAGAAAGAGAUAUAUGAUGGAUAUAUUAUGCAGAUUGCAAAUAUGUACAAUCCUCAUGGUUUAAGGGACUAA